UCCACUUAUAAUUUUCUAAAUACUCUUUUAUGUUCAUUAAUCAUUUUAUUUAUUUAUUUUAUGAUUCUUUACCUAGAUUAAACUUAAUCUGCACAAAUUAUUGAAUCCAUUUCAAUAUAUGUUUAAAUUUUGAAGGAAAUCCAUCUAAAAUUUGAUCUGAAUGUUUUUCAAGAAAAUUAUCUACUGCAGCAGAAAAAUUAGAUGACAUUAACAAGGAAUUAAGACCAUGGUAAAGCCAAGGUUUUUAAUGGUUAACUUAUGCAACACCAUAAGAGAUCGGGUAAGUUCUGUUUCUUCCCUAAACCUUUUUUGUAUUCUGACAUGUCUUGUUGGUUUUAAUUUGUUUUUCAGAAAAGAGGCAGCACUGCAACAAAGAGAGGCUGCUCUGAGAAAUGCAUCAAAGAAUCAUGGAGGUUUUCAAGCAGCGCUUCAGGCGGAUGCUGAGACUGCAAGGGAGGAGACCGAGUCUGCUUUCGAAAAACUACGGCUUAUGACUCAACGAAUGAUACUCACCCCGGAAGAAAUGGAAGAGGUUGUUUUAAAGAGGUGUUGGCUAGCUCGGUAUUGGGGUUUAUGUGUUCGGCAUGGUAUUCAUGCUGAUAUUGCGGAAGCAAAAUACAAAUACUGGUCUAUGUUGGCCCCGAAUCCGAUUGAAGUUGUAUUAGCAGCAGCAGAGAAAGCUAAAGAGGAAACAGACCUCGAUGUAGAGGAUACAGAAGGUCAACGUGACCUGAAGGAACUUUCUGGAGAGGGAAAUAUUGAAAACAUGCUUUUUGUUGAGCAAGGUUUGCGACAAUUGGCUUCACUAAAGGUAGAAGAAGCAUUGGUGGUUGCAUUGGCUCAACAUAGGCGACCAAAUAUGUUGAAAGCUGGUUUUUCAGAUGACCUAAAACUACCAAUUGAAGGGCAGUGUGAUGCAUUUGAAUUGAGUCAGGAGGAGGCUGAAGAUGUAUCCUUUAAACAGGCUUGGCUUGCUUACAUUUGGAGGAGAGCAAAAAGGCAUGAAAUAGAGCCUGACAUAGCUAAUGAGCGUUUGCAGCAUUGGAUCAAUCAUAACUCUAUGACUCCUACCUCACAAGACGCAGUUGAUGUUGAACGUGGACUUGCAGAAAUCAAAAGGUUGGAUAUUGAAGCGCAACUAUGGGAUGAAUCUCGUAGAGAAUUGGAGGAAGAGAUUGGCAAUUCAAACAUACCCGGUCGUUCUGACUUUUGAUAUAGUCCAAGUAGAUUGUUCCAAAAUUUAUUCUUUUCACAAACUUUUCUAAAAUUGAUUUUGUAAUUUAGUUACUCUAAAGAGUAGAAGUGAGCCCAUCAACCCUUUAUAGCUCGCCUUAUUUUAGCCCGCUCCAAAAUUAGUAAAUGUUCAAGUGGAUCAAUGUCAUCAAAUUCCACCC